AUUCACACACCAGAUGGGAACCUUCAACUCCGCUCAUGCUCUUAGUUGUGAUCGAUAAAUAUCACUAUCAGCAUCCUCAUUUUCUUCAACUCAUAACCUCCUUGUAGUUCAACAAUUCUCUUAUUCCCUUAAAAUCUUCCUUUGAUCAGUUUUCCAAGUAAAAAACUCAUCAUCAUGGGUGUUUUCACAUAUGAAACAGAGUUCACCUCUGUCAUCCCACCAGCAAGGUUGUUCAAGGCUUUCAUCCUCGACGCCGAUACCCUCAUCCCCAAGAUUGCUCCAUCUGCAGUCAAAGGUGCUGAAAUCGUUGAAGGCGAUGGAGGCGUUGGAACCAUCAAGAAAAUUACCUUUGGUGAAGGCAGCCAAUUCGGGUUUGUGAAGCACAGGGUCGAUGGGAUCGACAAGGACAACUUUUCGUACAGCUACACUUUGAUUGAAGGAGAUGCCUUGUCUGACGCAAUCGAGAAGAUCGCUUAUGAGACCAAGUUGGUGGCAUCUCCCAACGGAGGAUCCAUCAUCAAGACCACUAGCCACUACCAUGCUAAGGGAGAUGUUGUGAUCAAGGAGGAGCAAGUUAAGGCUGGCAAAGCAAAGGCUUCCAGUCUCUUCAAGCUUGUUGAAGACUACCUAACGGCUAACCCUGAUGCCUACAACUAAAACCAAACUCGUUUAUAUUUGUAAUUUGGGUUCUACCAGCUUCAUUGUCAGUUAAAGGUGUGGGUUUGCCUUGGACUUGAUACAUGUUAAAAAGUAAUGCACAUUAGUACCUUGAACAAUAUAUAAAAGUCUUGAAUAAUAUAGAAAAGUCUAGAAUAUUGGUGACUAAAGUCGGUGAAUAAAAAAAAAAUCUGAGAUCAAAGUGUGCUUUAAAAUAUUCAAAGUGCUAAACUCACCGACUAAGCUUAUGCCGAUUAGUUCUCUCCUAUAUAUAGGCUUGUUGCCUAUACAAAAAUGUAAGCUGAAAACUACAGCUACCCAACUCAAGCAAUCAGCCAACUCAAGUAAUCAAGCCUUGUACCUUUCCUACUUCAAAUAAAA